GGGGGUUGUCGGAGUUGAGAUAUGGCAAUGCUAUCAAGGUUAGAGACAGUUGACUCGGAUAUAUAAGUCCUUUCUUGCAGGUAGUCGGACUACUAGAGGGAUUCCUCCAAGACCCUGCCAGGAGAAACUUUGCAAACAUGUCCGUCGCCAUGCAACUGCCUGCCGGCUUUUUCCUUGAGAAUGAUGCCCCUGCCUUCUGGAUUUCGGCCCUGGGAGUAGUGUUAGUAAGUGCCUCUACUAGGACCUCCGUUGAUUCAAUUAGAUACCGUGCUAAACCUCUGUCCUUCCUCUCGGGAAAGAGCGCGUUUCGAUUCCAAUCCCUUCACCAGCGCUAUGGAAAGAUGGUCCGCUUCGCCCCGGGGCAGGUCUCCACGAAUACUGUCAAGUCGCUUCGAAACAUUUACGGAGCUGGUUUAGGGAAGAGCAACACUUUCCUCAAGACGGGCUUCUAUCGAGCUAUAUCAAGGAGGAAUCUUUUCACGGCGACUGAUCCCUACUACCAUGCCACCGUUCGCAAACUCUUCAGUCCCUCAUUGAGUCCUGGAUGUAUGCAAGCCCACGAAGGAGUCAUUAAGGGCUGCAUUGGCCGUCUGCAUGCCCUGAUGAGAAAGAGGAUGGUAGAAAGCUCCACUUUGAGCCUGAACGACCUGUAUUAUUCUCUCUCUGUCGAUAUGGUUUCGGAAGUCCUCCUAGGGAAAUCCCUUGGUUGCUUGGAAAGAGGGCGACCUCUUUUCUGGACUGAACAGCUCCCUCGUAUCUUUUAUUGGGCCACAAUUCGUGACCAGUUUGAAGGAUCUGGAGUACCGACUAUUAUCAAGUGGAUUCUUCGCCAAGUUCUUCGUAAAGGCAUUCGCUUGAGAAGUGAAGAAGCCCGGAUGCGUCUGAUUCGCGAGCAAUUGAAAGCCACCCAUACCCGGCGGGACAUUAUGGUCGAGGUUAUGGAGAGAGCCGAAUCCAGCCAGUUACCAGAGAACGAGAUUGCAGAAAAUUUCUCGGCUAUCAUGCUGGCAGGGUUCCAUACAACCUCCCACGCAAUCUGCGCUGCCAUCUGCCUGGUUUUAAACCAUCCAGAGACACAUUCUAACCUGGUUACGGAGCUGCGAACGGCAUUCAAAUCUAUAGAUGACGUUUCUCUGGAGGUUCUUCAGAAACUGCCUUGGUUGAAUUCGGUGAUCACGGAAACCCUCCGAAUCUAUCCACCUGUUCCAUUGGGAGGGCCCCGUACCUCGCCCGGAGCCUAUGUUGAUGGAACCUAUAUUCCGGCUGGCGUUGAGAUCUGUACCUCGCUCUACGCCUUGCAUCAUAACUCCGAGUAUUUCCACGAUCCGUAUAAAUUCCACCCCGAAAGAUGGAUCGAUCCCAACUCUACCGAUCGUAAAGAGGCCGUUCAGCCAUUCCUGAUCGGCAGCCGGUCUUGCAUUGCUAAAUAUUUCGCCCAACAGAUGAUGCUCCUGUCGUUGGCCUCGUUCUUUGUACAGUUUGACGGGAAAUAUGUCGGCAGGGUUAAAGACUGGACUCGUGACAGCCGAUGUUACGCUUUCUGGGAACUUCCCGAUCUGAAGGUCGACCUUCGGGAUCGAGGAGUUGCUCUGUGAUAU